AUGACUCAAACAUAUCCUCACCUUACUUUUGUUUACUUCAAUGGUGCGAAACCGCCACUUCAAUUUAGGUUCUCCGAGGACACGCCGCUCGCCGAGCUGAUUACCAUACUCAAUUCUCUCCUCCAAUAUCCAAAAAAUCGGAAGGUAGUCAAGCUCGAGUAUCGUUUACCAUCACUUGAUGCUGACAUAAAGGUGCAGUUCACCCAGUUUGCACUGAAGACAGAUGACGAUUUAAAAAUUUUGUGGAGUACUUUUCGCCGAUACUCUACUAAAGGUCGGAUUGAAGUCAAUGCAAAGAUUCAGAGAUCUGGAGAAUAUGUCAUUAAAAUGUUGCAACGUCCUCAACUACCCGUUUAUAACAAUAUGUAA